UAUAAAGAUGUCGGAGGAUGUUGUUAUUUUUCACAAAGACGACCUGCCUGGAUGUGCUUUUCCAGUGUUUGAAGACAUCAGACGACAAGGCAAGCUAUGCGAUGUCACACUUAAGGUGGAGGAUAGAAAGUUUACAGCCCACCGUAUAGUGUUAGCAGCCACCAUUCCCUACUUCCAUGCUAUGUUUACACAUGACAUGGUGGAGUCAAAACAGGAUGAAAUAUCCAUGCAGGGUAUCGACCCCAAUGCAUUAGAAUCGUUGGUGAACUACGCAUACAAUGGUAAAGUGGAGAUAGACUCUCACAACGUUCAGUCUUUACUGGUGGCGGCCAGCUUCCUACAUCUACAGGCUGUGAAGGAGGGAUGUUGUAACUUCCUACAGAGAAGAUUACAUCCCGAGAAUGUGCUGGGUAUCCGGUCGUUUGCUGACCAGUACAUGUGUCCAGGCCUAGUUGCUGAGGCUGACAAACACAUCCAGAAAAAUUUCAAGGAUGUGGCCCAUACCGAGGAGUUCCUCAACCUCAGUAAAACUGAGAUAAUUGACAUCAUCAGUAGGGACGAGCUCCAUGUACAGUCUGAGGAAGAGGUGUUUGAGUCUGUGAUAUCCUGGGUGAAAAAGGAAGAUGAUAUUGAUCGUAAGCUAAUCCUACCAGAGCUAAUGAUUAAUGUGCGACUGCCUCUCCUCACCCCUCAGUACCUUUCUGAUCGAGUCGCCUCUGAGGAUCUCAUCAAAAACUGUCUUCUGUGCAGGGACCUUGUUGACGAGGCGAAGGACUACCACUUGAUGCCAGAACGCCGAUAUCUCCUUCAGACAUUCAAGACCCGGCCUCGCUGCUGUUCAGACAUUCCAGGAAUUAUAUAUGCUGUUGGAGGCCUUACCUCUUCUGGUGACUCACUUAGCACAGUAGAAAACUAUGACCCCAUAGUGAACAGGUGGGCUGUAGCGGAGGCCAUGAGUACAAUACGCAGCCGAGUCGGUGUUGCCAUCCUCAAUGGCUGUCUGUAUGCCAUAGGAGGAUAUGACGGAUCAGAACGACUCAGUACCGUGGAAGUUUUCCACAGGGACAGUAAGACCUGGAAAUGUGUGGCUAGCAUGAAUUGUAAGAGAAGUGCUCUGGGAGCUGUUUCACUGAAUGGUCACCUGUACGUGUGUGGAGGUUAUGACGGCCUGUCCUCCCUACGCUCUGUGGAGAAGUACGAUACUGAACGAGACCAAUGGAACCCUCUUUGUAACAUGCUGAAGCCUCGCAGUGCCUCGGGUGUGGCCUGUUUAGAUGGUCUUAUCUAUGCCUGUGGAGGACAUGAUGGUCUCUCUAUUUUUGAUUCUGUGGAAUGUUACAAUGUAUCAACCAAUCACUGGGCCUAUGUCACUUCCAUGCUGACAAAGAGGUGUCGUCUUGGUGUGGCAGUCUUAAAUGGGAAACUUUAUGCAGCAGGAGGAUAUGAUGGGUCGGUGUUUCUAAAUACCGUAGAGUGUUAUGACCCCAUAACAGACAAAUGGUCAGAGAUCAAAUCCAUGCAAGUAAGACGUAGCCGUGUUGCCUUGGUAACAGUCUAUGGGAAGCUGUAUGCCAUAGGUGGCUAUGACGGUAUCAGUAAUUUGACUUCAGUUGAGAUGUAUAAUCCAGAGUCAGACUCCUGGAUAUUUGUGGCUCCUAUGAUGGCCCACGAGGGAGGGGUCGGUGUAGGCGUCAUACCCAUAGAAAGAGGAAGUGGAGUCUAAAGAACUGACAACCUGGAUGUCUGUGGCUGCUAUGUGCUUAUUACUGACGAAGGUUUUAAUUAUAAAAUCUAGGUAAUGUAGUUCUGCAGACUGUAACUUAUACAUUGUCUCUGAGAUAUUUGUGACUACUGGGGGUAUAUAGGAGGGAGUAGUCUUACCCAGAUAGUAGUGUAGUUGUGGACUAUAUAAGUAUUUAUACAGCUGUCUUUGUGAACCUAGAUGUUUAUUGUUACUGUGGCUUAAAAUCCUGGGUAGUUAAAUUUGCUGGACAUUGACAGAAAACCUGGAUGUUUGUAGCUACAUCGGGUUUAAUCUAAACACUGGAAUCUCCUGGACAUGUUUGUAUGAAAGUGUUGGUGUAAUCAAAUAGUCUUCAGAGUAGUAAUGCAGUAUGUUAUAUUUUUGGGUGUACUGUGUGUAGGGAAUCAUACACUUAGGCUACAACACAGUUUUAUGUGUCUUAAACCUGAAUUGGUCACCACAUUGUGUAAUUAAUCUAUUAUAUUGUUCUGCUGAAAGUGUCAUAUCUGUAGGGAAAAACAAAUGUGAGAAUAGUAUGAUAAGUUAUCAGAACUGUCAUUAUGUAAUUAAAAGAAAUUCUGUCAUGCAUGGUCAUGAUGAUGUUUAAAAUGUGAUAAUAGUUAAUUCUCUGCUGCAGUAAAAUCAUAUUGACAUUAAUGCCCCCUUCCUAAUUUGAACAGAUCAUUCUUUUUCAGUUGCCCGAAUAGAAACUGGAAUAGUAAAAAGAGUACUUUGUAAUACACUGUAUCAUUAUUUUGACAAAGGAUUGAUAUACAAUUGAUUAUGUCAUCAAAAUGUAUAUCUCAUGAUUUGUUUUGACACAUCACUCUCAAAAGGGUAAAAAAGAAGCUGCACAAUGCUUAAAAUGUAUAAAAAAAAAUCCAUAUUUGAACUUCAGUAAGUUAUGUGCAGCAGCUUAACAGUUCUACAUUUCAACUUGGUUUCUGGUGUCCGAAAAUCCUGGUAGGUCGAACCACCCGUCAACACUUUUUCCGUAGUUCUGGUAAACAUAAGCAGGUUUAAUUUGUAUAUUAAGUCUCACCAGAAAUGUUCUGGUAAUAAUUUUUAUUUGCCUUCUCAAUCAUCUAUAGAUAAUUUAUGUUGGUCUCCAUACAAUAUAUAUUAUUAUGAACUUAAUAUUAAACUAUUAUAGAGUUUUAAAAAGCAUGAUCUGUGAUGAUGUAAUGAUGUCUACAUAUAGCAAUUUCAUUUAAGAUGUUUUUGAUUUGUUGUUGGCCAGACUUAGGAAUUUCAAACUUUGAAAUAGAGGAGAUCCUCAAAGCAGAAGGUGUGUAUUUUAACCUUUUGAGGUAAAAAUGAAGCAGGCAUACAGCUGAUUUUAUAUUCAUUUUUAUAGCUCUCCGUCUUCAUAUGUUAAGAGGAUUGAAGUCUCCACCUAAUGAAUUUGCAAUGAAGGAUUGAAAAAAGUUCCUCAAUCAAUCUGAAGAGGUUAGUGAAUCUUAUGUUAGGUCUGUGUUGAUGUAAAAGGGAUCAAAUGAAACGGCAGAAUAUCUAAGAUGUAUGAAAAAAAGCCAAAGAAACAAAAAUAUUUGAACUUCAGUAAGUUAUAUGCAGCAUUGAAUACAGUUCUACUUAAAUUUCUGGUGUCAGAAAAUCCUGGUAGGUUGAGCCCCUCUAUCAACUGUGUUUAAAGGUGGUUUUCGCCAGCGUAAUAAUAUAAAUUUGAGAAAAUAUCAAAUUUCAUAAAUAGAUACAUUUUGUCAUCAGAUGUCCAUUUCUACUUUCAUUGACUUUAUUGGAUAGUCUAGUGUCCAGCUUGAUCAGGAAAAAACUCUCCUAUGACUAGCCCUUUUAAAUGCUAUAUUUGAGCAUGUGAUGCAAUAUUAUUGAAAGUGAAACUACAUCAUGUACUACGUAACAUUGGUUUGAGUGUAAAUUGUUUGCCAGAUCUGAGCAAGAUUCCAGUACCCACAUUGUGGACUUUGUUUUCAUUUGAACUACAGCUUUAUCAAAGAUCAAAUGUUUGAUUUAGUUUUUUACAAAGUUUUAGAUUUUCAUUCAUAAAGACUGAUUGAGAUUAAAAUAAUCAUUAAGGUUAUAGUGUAGGCAUAAGAAAGCAGUAGGAAGGACUGGGCAUAGUAAAUGUAAGAUACGAAACAAGGCAUAGCGUACAAAAAAUGUAAGAUACGGAACAGGGCAUAGCGUACAAAAAAUGUAAGAUACGAAACAGGGCAUAGCGUACAAAAAAUGUAAGAUACGAAACAGGGCAUAGCGUACAAAAAAUGUAAGAUACGAAACAGGGCAUAGCGUACAAAAAAUGUAAGAUACGAAACAGGGCAUAGCGUACGAAAAAUGUAAGAUACGGAACAGGGCAUAACGUACAAAAAGGAAGAUAUUGAACAGGGCAUAGCAUAAAAAAUGGAACAUACAGAACAGGGCAUAGCAUACAAAAAGGUAAGAUACAGAACAGGGCAUAGCGAACAAAAAAGUAAGACAGGGAACAAGGCAUAGCCUAUGGUAUCAAGUAGGAUGCUGGCUUCUCCAUUUCUUGUUGAAUGACAUUCCCACCAUCUAUCUUCACCAAAAAAUAUCUUGAAAUACUGUCUGUGUCAUAAUCUUUUCCUCUUUUUGUGGCAGACUGAUCUGUUAAAGAUUUUUUCAAGCACGUUUUUCUUCAACCAUUUUUGUUUAUUGCACAAUUUGAUUAGGGAUGUUUACAAUCUUUAAUCUCACUUUGUUCAAUUUAAUCAGAAAGUUGUAAUUUGCUUCGGCUGUGACCAUCUUUAAUAGUAGAAACCUUUUAACACAUAGAACAGAUGUUAUUAACAAAUGAUAUCAAAUGGGGAUCGAUAUUAAAUAGGUCACAUAUGUACUGUAAUGUUAAUUUUAUGUGAAAUGUGAUAAUAUUUGUGUAUGUCAUUAUAACAUGCAUCCUUUAUGAUGUGCAAUAUACAUGUAAUCUAAUUUAGUAUAUUGGUUUGAUUUACUGCUACAAAUGUUGGCAGUGUACAUUUUAGUUGUCUUAAAUGUAACUUGUAAUGACAAAAACUGUCUGUAACUACUGAUGAACCAUUGAUUACAAAAUACAGCAGUGCAGGGAAAGCCAAACCCUGUACAAUGUUACAUUGUAAUACCUGUAUUAUGGAAGUGUAAAUUCUAUGGAAUCCAGUACUUCAGUCCGAGUGCCAUUGUGUAUGUUUGUAUGUAACUCUUGUGUUUUAUAAAUGUAGUUUUGUUUUAUAAAGUGAUUACUCUAGAUGCAUAGGUUUGUUUUACAGUUCUGUUUUUUUUUUUUUUUUUUUUUGUAUAGGAAAUCUUUCAGAUCUACAAACAGUUAUACUGAGGCAUACCAUUGAUGCUUUAGGGUACUACUACAUACUAGUACACUUACAUCAGUACAGAUGGUAUUCAUGCUCAAAUCAGAUUCUUAGAAAGUUGUGAACAUAUUCAAAUUAGAUCCCUGAAAGUUGUGAACAUAGCAAAUGAUUUGAGGAGACAAUUUGGCGUAGUGCAACCUUUUUUAUAACCAUGCCACAUUCUCCCACGCAUUCUCCUGGUGAAUUUAUUGGGACGGUCUUCACUGUAUGGUUGUACAUUGUAACUGAUUGGUGCAAGGCUUGCCUACAUUUGUGAAAUUUGUCUUUGUUAAACAAUUGUGAAAUAAAAUAACUUGUCAUUCUGUAUGCCAUUUACAUGUGUCUCAUCACUUUAAUUUGUUGUAAUUUGUUAUGUAGAAAAAGUGGUACAAAAUGAAUCCUACUUGAGGGUAAAACAGAGGGAAGAGGGUAGAAGAGAGAGGGUAGAACAGACAGGAUAGAACAGACAGGGUAGAACAAACAGGGUAGAAUAGACAGGGUAGAACAGACAGGGUAGAACAGACAGGGUAGAAUAGACAGGGUAGAACAGGGAGGAGACAGCAAAACAGAGAGGGUAGAUCAGAGAGGAGAGGGUAGAUCAGAGAGGAAAGGGUAGAGAGGAGAGGGUAGAUCAGAGAGGAGAGGGUAGAUCAGAGAAGUAUUGUACAUUUAAGGGAUUUCUUCAGGUUAGACAGUCUUUCAGUUUCUCUGUCCUACCCUCAAGGAAGGUUGGACCCUAAUAAACCUGGUCAUAAAUUAGAAAAUAUGAAUAUUAAAGUAACAAAAUGACAAUUACAUUUAAUUAUUAAAUGAGUGUUAUUUUAUCAAGUUAAGGUCGUAAUGUAGUUUUUGCUCAGAGUUCUAUCGUGCAGUAAAGGCAUUUGUUAAUUCUUCAUGUUUUUUGAAAGAAAUAAUGAAAAAGGGGUUAUUAUGCUAUUAUAAACUGAAACAUUCUGAAAAAGUGCUAACCUAAAACUUUGAUUAGGGCUGUUUGAAGAAGGUAUUUUCUCAAUCUAAAAUAUGUGAUCACGAAAAGCAAGGGCAUUGUUUUUGCAUUCAAGCAUUUUCUAGGCUUUUUGAAGAAGUCUUGCUCAAGAGAAAAGUAAGCCUUCAGUUUGAAAUGUCUGGGGAAAGCUUUAAUUAAACAGCCUCAGAAAAGAGAGAUCUUGAUUAUAUCUGUGGGACUUCAUGGUAAGACCAGUCUGUAAUACUGGUGUUUAUACAAAUAGAAUGCUUCAAUGAUUUUAAUAGUUGCUAUUGAUUUGUAAUUUUUUUUUAAGUUUUACAAACUCUGAUAGGUCAUUAACUUAUAUCAAACUUUAAUAUUAUACUUGUGGAUAACUAUUCACAAUUUAAUGGUCAAUGAACACUUUUUUUCUCAGAUUCAAACAAACAAGCAUUAAUAUUGUAACAAUAUAUGUUUAUACUUUUGUAGCUAGAAGAAAUAUACACGAUAUACUAAUUGUAUUGUACUGUGCAGUAACUGAUUCAUGUCUAUAUGUGUCAAUAUCUAGAUAUGUCAAGUUAAUUGUGAGGUAUUUGUGGACAUCCAGUUAUUUGUAAACAUUGACGUCCCAACUCCACAACAUUGGUUAGUUCUGCUUCAUUUGUAUAACAAGUGUGAUUGUACUAACCACGUAGCUUUGUACUUUAUUUGGAUACCUGUACAAACAUGAGGAUUUAGGUUUUUGUCUGCAGAUUUGUAUUCUGUUUGGAAAGUGAAACAGAUCAUGUGAACUGUAAUGUGUUUUCUUACUGAGUCUGAAUACACUCAUCAAUACGAGAAUAUUUGAAAACUAGUGCUAAUUCUUUUUCUAUAUACUUGUAAACCUAAUGACGUAAAAUAACUUUAAAUUGUUUACCAUCAGUCAUUGCUCUGGUUUACUGUUUUCUAGUUUCUAAUAUACUGAAUUCCAGAUGAAAAACGAAAUUUAACUUCAUCAUUCUUUGCUGGUAUGCUGGUAUAGUAUUCAAAUCAAAUCUUUGUUUAUUAUGUAUGAAAUUUGUGUAUUCUAAAAUUCACUUUUUUUAGCCCAAAGUAAUGUAUUGCAUAUUUUGAUUUCAGUAUUUUUAUUUUUAAGACAACAAUACUGACGUACCAAUGGAAUAUUCAGUUAUCUAUGGUUGGUGUAAUUGAUUCCAAGUCAAACUCGCCAUUAGGCUAUAUCAAUCUAAAAAAAUUAUAUAUUCUUACGUUGUGAGGAGUAAUUUCAAUUUAUUCUCACAGUCUCGAUCAUCAUGUGAUUGAAGAUAUAUAUUAUAUGUGUGUAGCUGUAUGACUGUUGAUUUUAAAUAAAAAUGCAUUUUUCUAA